GGGGAAUGCUUAGGCGGGAGAAUUUUCUCUCUCCAAUGUGGUGCUUUUAGGUAUAUGAUGAUAGAUAAUUUUUGUUGCGGAAAUUGAAAUUACAUUUUAGGAUUAUAGGUGGACAAUGCUUAGGCGAGAGAAUUUUCUCUCUCCAUUGUAGUGCUUUUAGGUAUAGGAUAAACGAGAAAUGCUUAGGCGGGAGAAUUCUCUCUUUCCGGUGCUGUACUUUUAGGUAUAGGAUAGGAUAUCUUCUUCAACCCCACAGGCCCAAACCCAUCCCUCCUUCACAGAAUUUACACUACUCUUCCGUUUCCCCAAAUUAUUGCCUUCUUCUUCUUCCUCCUCUAAAGCCGGGUGCUUCAGAAUGUAGCUCAGAAGCUGGACCCCUCUCAGCGUGUUAGUCAACGACAAAUGCCCCUCCGGCACCUUGUCGCCGAGCUCCAAAUUGAACUCGUCCGGAAACGCCCGGUAAUUGUACUGUUCAAUCUCCGUCUCCAGCUUCUUCAUCCACCCGAUCUUCUUGAACAGAUCUGUGAAGUCUCAGUUCACCUUCUUCCAAAUUCUCCUCAGCACGCUAUACCCAAAUCUGUCAUUGCUGUGUUUCCGCCAGAGGGAGUCGAUUUUCCAGAGGUCGGAGUCCGAGAUGAACUGGACAUCCGAGAAGAACACGUAGCCGCGCUCCUGUACGGCGUCGCCGGCGGGUCUCCUCGUCCGCUUGCCGGAAGUUCUGGGCGGAGAGGUAGCGCUCCAGGAGCUGAGGUCGUAGGACACGGAGGUUAGGGGCGUGGAGGAGGGUGGCGUGACUGUAAUCAUUGGACUGGCGGGUGAGAGGUUGAAGUUGAAAAUGCCGCACGGAAGGGCGCCAACGGAGACGGCUCUGGCGGUUUUGGUGGUGGGUUUGAGGAAGGAGGAGGAGUCAGAUAGGGGAUGGCGCCUUAAUGUGAGAGGGGCAGUGAUGGUGAUGGUUAAUGGACUUCAAAUGAUAUGUGAGACCCAGGGAAAAGGUGCAAAUAGGCCCAUGUACUAACCAAAAAAGGUCAAAUAAGCC